UCCUCCUCCUCGCCUCCGCCGCUGCCGCUGCCGCCCGGGCCCCGCGGCUCCGUCCCCGCUGCCCGCGGGCCGCCGCCCGCAUGUCGUGUGCGCCCGCCCCGCCGCGCCGCCGCCGGCCCCGCCGCCCCGCCGCGCCGCAUGCAGACUAACAGGGAUGCCAAAGGAAAAAUAUGAUCCUCCAGAUCCUCGCAGAAUUUACACCAUCAUGUCGGCGGAAGAGGUGGCCAACGGGAAGAAGUCGCACUGGGCUGAACUAGAGAUCUCGGGGAGAGUGCGGAGCUUAAGCACGUCGCUGUGGUCGCUGACACACCUGACUGCUCUGCACCUCAAUGACAACAACCUUACUCGCAUUCCACCUGAUAUUGCCAAGCUUCACAAUCUGGUUUACCUGGAUCUGUCAUCCAACAAACUCAGAAGUUUACCAGCAGAACUAGGAAACAUGGUGUCUCUCAGGGAAUUGCUUUUAAAUAACAAUCUGUUACGGGUUUUGCCUUAUGAACUUGGACGGCUCUUCCAGCUGCAAACCCUGGGUUUGAAAGGCAAUCCUUUAUCCCAAGAUAUUCUCAGCCUCUACCAGGAUCCAGACGGAACCCGAAAGCUACUGAACUACAUGCUUGACAAUCUAGCAGUUCACCCAGAGCAGCUGCCUCCAAGGCCAUGGAUUACUUUAAAAGAACGAGACCAAAUUCUGCCCUCAGCUUCAUUUACAGUCAUGUGUUACAAUGUGUUGUGUGAUAAAUACGCCACCCGGCAGCUGUAUGGCUACUGCCCGUCCUGGGCACUCAAUUGGGAGUACAGGAAAAAGGGAAUCAUGGAAGAAAUCGUCAACUGUGAUGCAGACAUCAUCAGUCUUCAGGAAGUGGAAACGGAGCAAUACUUCACCCUUUUCCUGCCAGCCCUGAAAGAACGGGGAUACGACGGAUUCUUUUCUCCAAAGUCACGUGCCAAAAUCAUGUCGGAGCAGGAGAAAAAGCAUGUAGACGGCUGCGCCAUAUUCUUCAAAACAGAAAAGUUCACUCUGGUGCAGAAGCACACGGUGGAGUUCAACCAGGUGGCCAUGGCCAACUCGGAGGGCUCAGAAGCCAUGUUGAACAGAGUGAUGACCAAGGACAACAUCGGGGUUGCCGUGGUGUUGGAGGUGCACAAGGAAUUAUUUGGAGCAAGUAUGAAAUCGCUUCACGUGGACAAGCAGCUGCUCAUUGUGGCCAAUGCCCACAUGCACUGGGACCCCGAAUACUCAGAUGUGAAACUCAUCCAGACCAUGAUGUUCGUCUCAGAACUGAAAAACAUCCUGGAGAAAGCCUCGAGCAGGCCCAGUAGCCCAACAGCAGAUCCCAACUCUAUCCCUCUGGUGCUGUGUGCGGAUCUCAACUCACUGCCUGACUCAGGUGUAGUGGAAUACCUGAGCAAUGGCAUCGUAGCUGACAACCACAAGGACUUCAAGGAGCUGCGUUACAACGAGUGUCUGAUGAACUUCAGCGGCAACGGCAAGAACGGAGCCUCGGAGGGCAGGAUCACGCACGGCUUCCAGCUCAAGAGCGCCUACGAGAACAACCUGAUGCCUUACACCAAUUACACUUUCGACUUCAAAGGUGUGAUUGACUACAUUUUCUACUCCAACACUCACAUGAACGUGCUGGGAGUGCUGGGCCCUUUGGACCCUCAGUGGCUGGUGGACAACAACAUCACAGGGUGCCCGCACCCGCACAUCCCCUCGGACCACUUCUCGCUGCUGACGCAGCUGGAGCUGCAGCCGCCGCUGCUGCCGCUGGUGAACGGUGUGCACCUGCCCUCCCGCAGGUAGUGAGUGCAGCUCCCACCCGCCCCACGGACCUGUACACUUGUAAAUCCCUCUAGAUAGGAGUGAAGUAUGGCCAACCUUCAGCUGCUUCUUCGAGCUCCUUUCCUUAUGUGUUUGAGAAGAGAUUUUUGCACAUUUUGGUGCAUAUCGGUAUCAUUUGGCACUAGGGCUGGAACCAAAGUAUUAUUCCCCUUUCCAGGUUUUUAAUUUAAUUUUUGUUUGUGUUUUGUUUUUUUUUUAUUUUACUUUAAACUGGCUUUUUCUUUUCAGUAGGAAGCUGCACUUCUAAAUGGACAAAAGAGAUGUAAAAAACUUGCAUUUAACAUAUUUCAAGGUAAUGCUUUUUUCCAGAACGUGGCAAAUUGAGCCAACCUUUUAGGAGAAAGAAAAACAAAACUAGAGAUGCUUGUAUUGUAGGAAGAAUGUUAGAAAUACUGUUUGUUCCAAUCCAAAAUGGAGACUCAACUCUGCAUCCAAUAUAAAUUUUGCACAUUAGCAAAGCACUUAAUUACCUGACUAUAAACAAUUGGCAGCAUGGCCCUGCCCCUCAUCUCAGUACUAUCAGAAAACCAAAGAUAGCCAAGUAUCUGUGAUCAAAUUUGAGCUCUAUAUCCUCCUGGUUUCAAUUUGUUUGGGAGCUGUUGUCAAUCAGGGCUGAAGUAAAAAGCUGCUGGUUCCUUCCCAAAUGUUAAUGCUCUUUGGAUGUGUUGGAAAUCCUUGUUUUCUUUCCUUUUAAUGCUCUGGGUGGCCAGUUCAAAACCUUGUGCCUCAAGAGGCAUUAAACAUGAUGCAAUUUUCUGGAGAAAAAAAAAAAAAAAAAAAACCAAAAAAAACCAAGUUGUUUGGCUGCUUAAUGUUUAAAAAAAAAAGGCACAGUGAUAGGAAAAGGUCGUGUCUGUGUUUUUAAGUUUUUCUUUAUUCUGCUUUUUUGCUGCUAUAAGAUUUUCUUGAAUUUCUAUUUGAAACUUUUCAUGCACUUUACUGUUUCUAGUCUCCAAAUGUGAUAUUUUUAAUAAAUGAAAAGCAUUUUCCAUGA